UGCGUGAUUUGCCAGGAUGCAAUUCACGGAUCCGAAUUUCGAGCUCCUUGCGGUCACUACUACGACAUACCAUGUAUCACCGACCUCCUCCGAACUGCCACACAUGACGAGAGCCUAUUUCCCCCUCGCUGCUGUAGACAAAACAUUCCUUUCGAUGAAGUCCAGUCUCACCUCUCACGUGCUCUGGUGACAGAAUUCCGAGAGAAGAGCAAAGAAUUUGGAACGCUCAGUCGGGUCUACUGUGCUCGACAAACGUGUAGUCGUUUCUUAGGUCCUCUCACCCAAACCACAUCUGGAACAACAGUCUACGAUUGUCCCGCACCCCACUGCGGAACCCGAACGUGCGCAAACUGCCGAGGACAAUACAACGAAGCUACACAUACAUGUCGGCAUGAUCAAGGUGCCGAGCGAGUUCUCGAGCUCGGGCGUGCAGAGGGCUGGGUGCGGUGUCCAGGCUGUUCACAGCUGAUCGAGCUCGAAAUAGGGUGUUUUCAUAUGACGUGUCGGUGCAGGACCGAGUUUUGUUACUUGUGUGAAGCGAGGUGGAAAACGUGUAACUGCCCCCAGUGGGAUGGGCGUCAACUGCUUGCUGUCGCACAGCAGAGAGUCGAUGCGCAACUCGGUGGGGGCCAGUACUUCCAUCCUUUUCUUCGUUCUAUGAACAUCGACGCCAUCCGACAACGCAUGAUUCGCGAGAUGGCCGCACGUUUGCAGGUUGAUCAUGAUUGCCAACAUUUGAACUGGGAAUAUCGUUCUGGAAGAGGAAGGUGUCAGAUUUGUCACCAUGUAUUGUCGUUAUAUCUCUACAGAUGUGCUGGGUGUGAGAUGUUGGUGUGUAAUCGGUGUCGCAGGAACAGGCUCUAG